CUCUAUCUGUCUCUACCUUAAGAGACAGGGAUUAUGAUAGCAGGCCUGCUGGAGCCUGGAAAUACCCUUUGGCUUCAAUCAUAUCAGUUUGGGAACAAUGUCUCCAUUCUCAAGCUUUACAACAGAAAGUGCUGCAGCUGUGAGUGUCUGUGCUGAUGGGCCAGAUGAGUGGUCAGACUGGAGCUACAGUUUGUCUAGACAGCCAUUCCUGAGAGAUAAAGCAACAACCUCUGCUAGGCCACUAAAGUUUGAGUGGCCAGUUUAAAUUCUGGGCUUGAAAUCACAGUAGUUAGAAAUCUUGACACCGAUGAGAUCGUUGACUACAAAACCUCUGUUGGAAACUCUCUCAUCAGUUGGACCUGCACAGCUUGCCAAAUUCCAGCUGCAUUACACUGUGAUUUCCAAUCUGGCCCUGGCUGUCUUUAGACAGUGGUUAGAUCCAUGAACAGGGUUAUGGGACCUGAAAGCAGAGAUACAUCAGAGUGCUCUCAAACAGUGUCGCUGUUUAUACUGCAUUUGCACUGCAUUAACAUGUUACUGUGUGGUCUCCUCAACUUUGACCUUGAAAGCAUUCCCCCACAUGUGGGUCUUUGUGGACCAGUGUUUGCAUCUGUAUUUAUGAGCUGAGCUCUGUGAGUCACUCUUGGAGGGGAGCGGAGGAGAGGGGAGGGAAAACAUCUGUUUUUGUUGUGUUCAGAGCCCAUUUGUCAGUGGUCUACACGGGGCUCUGUGGUGUGGGGACUGAGCUGUGUGGUGCCUGUUAAAUAACAGGAUUAGGUCAAUGCUCUGGAACAUUUUAUAUACCGAACAUACUGUCGUUUUUCUUAACAAAUAAUUGCUACAUUUGCUCUCAGAAUCCACUGCCUAGUUUGAGAUUCAUCUACCCAUUUUUUGUUCAUCAAAGAACAAUCUGAAUUUAACUGAAGAGCUGAACCGAAGUGCUUUCAUUGAUAGAUAAUGAGCUAAUGAGAAAACCAUGCAUGCACACACUGCAGUGGUUUGCAGACUUGUUAAAGCAAUUCAUUGACACAGUAACUCCCCUACCAACCACCAACCUCAGAUGGUUGCAGGCCCAGUCCCAGCUUCACUGACCCCAGCCCUUGACUCACUCCCAGAUCCAGCCUCAACCUCAGCCCCAGAUCCAGCCUCAGCCUCAGAUCCAGCCUCGACCUCAGACCCAGACCCAACCUCAACCUCAGCCCCAGACCCAGAUCCAGUCUCAACUUCAGACCCAGACCCAGCCUUAGCUCCGGCCUGCACCUCAUUAACCAGACUCUUUUCCCAGAACUCUAGUAGAUGUGACUCCUCUUUUCCCGGACGGAGGAAUGUAGCUCCCUCAGGUCCAUGUUGUAGACUAGUGUGAAGCCUGGGCCUGUUUUUUUCAGGAUGUGUUGAGAGGGAGGGGAGAGAGAGGAAGAGAUGACUGACCCUCUCGGGGCCCCCAGCUAAAAAUCACUGCCAGCUGAGCUGCCCCAAGCCUGCCUUACAGCUGGGCUCCAUGGGACAGGAGUAAGGAACUCACGCCUACUGGACGUAUGAUGACCACUAAAAAUGGCAAUUUGACCAGCACAGGGAGCCCUCAAGGAACCAUUAAACACUUAAUUCAUGUGUUUUGAAGAUAUCAGAAGUUGAAUAGUUUUUCUCUGUCUUUGUUUUUAUCAUGGCUCUUCUGAUUGGGCUCAAUAACAGUAAAACACAUGAAAGCGUUGCAGUCAGUAUUCCCAUUUGUAGUAACAACUUUGCUGUUUCCAAAUGGAGUGUGUGGUAGCAUUGUUUAUGCAAGCUCUCCUCUCGAGUGAUGUCAUAUGAGGCCCUGCUCUCCCCUCCCUCCCUUCUUUUCACCCUUCGUUGCAAACUAAAACAUCUGCUCUCUGAAAUAGCUUUUGGGGCAUUUUUUUUCUUCCCUUUCCUGUCAUCAUGAACAAUUGACCCGAGAGAGAAGACCAAGAAGGUGACCUCGCAGAGGAAAAGAACAGCAGCACCACACAUCUGACCCACUCUCUCACACUCUGUCUGUCUGUUCGUCCAUCUCUCAUUUUCUCCUGUACCUAUUAUUUGCUAACAAGGCUGCUUAAAGAACUGCAGCGGGCUAGAGAAAAAUGGAGGACGCAGGCGUGAGAUAAACAAAGCUUGCCCUAUGUCACUGGGAGGGUGAGGGUGGUGGACUGGAUGUUCAUGUGGACGGUAAAGAAAAUGUCUGUUUGGAACAGGGGUCAGCAGUUCAUGAAUAUCCAUGAAGACUCUUGCAGUUUCUGAAACACAGUAGCACUGAACUGCCUCAAAACAUAUUUAUAUUCAUGUCUAACUCCCUGUUCAAUACAAUGAUGAAUAAACUAAAAUAACCUCCGAUCUUAUCAGUCUAUACCUAUAUUCCUUACCACCUAGGCUUCUGUCUAUUGCAUGAGUCAUUUUUGUUAUGUCAGACCCCCCUGAAAAUAUUUAGUGGCUGGUUUAUUUUCCCAUGAUUUCCAGUGAUGAAGCCAUAGAACUGGCUGAACUGUCAAACCCCAUGUAAAACUGAGGGUGUGUGGUGCGGUGGCUGAGUACUAGCAACGACCGUUUGUCAUGACAGAUGGUAGGGGGAGCUUUGUCCCCUCGGCGAUUAUGCAAGAAGUGUGAUUUUCAUUCCAUCAAGCUGGGUUUGUGUUGGUACCUCAGUAAAUAAGCCUCUGUGUACGUGUCUGUCUGUCUGAGUUUGACUUUAUUUAAUUUUUUACAGGGACAGUGCACAUUAAUCAACCUUUCAGUAAAAGUGCCAGGUUUAGCCAGCCGGCUACAUUUCAACCGCAGUCCCUGGGCAGGUUAUGGUCGGUCUGUCUGGUGGUCCAGAUACUGCACACAGUGCACUGUGCUUGAGUCUAAUUCCCCAGGGAGGCAGUUAGCAUUGCCUUACUGUCAAGGUAUCCUCUGUUAGUGCUCUAUGUGACCCUGCGUGUCUCAGCUCUGAGAGAGGAAAGGAUUCAUGAUACACUUAACCUGUCCCAGAAUUGACCACACUUGGGACUAGCGUAUCAGCUGCAAACACGACCAAAUUCAACAUUGUCACUAUAUAAAACAGUAUACAUAUAACAUAAACGGUAUCUGGGACCUUUUACUUAUUGUAGGGUUAGCUGUGGAUUCGUAGUACAUGAUUCAGUUUGUACCUGGAAGCCAGAGUCUGAAAGCCACUAGGUGGCAGCUUGGGAGGUGAUCCGCGUGGUGGGCAGAGAUGUUUACAUAUCACACAUUCAAGUGUUGAUUGAGGAGCAGCCAAAAGUCUGGAGGGGGAACAGAGGACAAUGUUUGUUACAGAGCAGAUCUUUGAACUAAAUUAGACUAAUUCAAACUGAAGUGGCGUGAAUUCAAAAGUUUCACUUCCAGUACAAUUUUCUUACAGUGCUUAUAUUUCGACCAGGUUGUUAGAUUAAAUACUAGUCAUUCAGGCAUUCAUUACUAAAGGGAGCAGGUGAGGGCUAAAUUCACCAUGGAGGGGAUUCUAAAGAGAAAAAAUUGCACCUCAAGUUGAGGUAAAACAAAAAUUUGUGAUUGUGCCGAUGACUCGAGAUCUGCUGCAGAGGAAGUGGUUUCACGUUCAAAAGGAACUGGAGGUGUUUCUUAGGUACAUUCUAGGCAACGUCACUAGUCAAACAUAAUUUGCAGUGAAAAGUGAAAGUUACCAAGCUUGAGGAAGCAGCCCUGACCCCUCCCACACCCUUCACACCUCCCUAUCCUCCUCACCGACUCACACAACGGAUUUCAGUUUUAGAUCAUUCUACGUGAUGACUACGUUUUAAUUUGUUUACCUUGUCAUGCAAACCUAACUGGACUUUGGAAUAUUUAUUUGCGUCAAUGACAGAAGACUUCGAUACACCAACAUGAUGUAACUGUCAUUGGUCACUGAUUGGCUGUGAAGGUGCUAUAGACUUUGCUUCUCUGAAAGUAGUCUAUGUGUACUCUGGACUCAUGCAGACGGGCAGGCAGGUAGAAUGGUGGAUAAGGUUUGGAGAAAGAGUUGGCAAUUCAUAGAAAACAGAAGGUCUCUGCGUGUAAAGCAGGCUUCUCCAAGCACGGCAGAACGUAAGAGUGAUGUGGAAGGGGACGCCAGGCCCAAUGAGACAGGUCCAGACGGAGGAGCCAGCUACGGCAGGGGGCCUGUGACCCACGGCUCAGCCAUCAGCCCUGACCGCUUCGACGGCCCGCACUACGGCCACAGCGUCCAGCCGGGGCCCCAGAGACCCCGAAGGCCCAAGCUCCAACAUUCCCAGUCCAUCCUCCGCAAACAGGCUGAAGAGGAGGCCAUCAAGCGCUCCAGAUCGCUCUCUGAGAGCUAUGAGCUCUCCGCUGACCUCCAGGACAAACAGGUGGAGAUGCUGGAGCGUAAAUAUGGUGGACGCUUCAUAACCCGGCAUGCAGCCCGCACCAUCCAGACAGCCUUCCGCCAGUACCAGAUGAACAAGAACUUUGAGCGUCUCAGGAGUUCUAUGUCUGAGAACCGCAUGUCCAGACGUAUCGUUCUGUCCAACAUGAGGAUGCAGUUCUCCUUCGAGGGCCCGGAGAAAGUCCACAGCUCCUACUUUGAGGGGAAGCAGGUGUCGCUAACAGACGAUGGCACCCCCCUGGCCGUGGUACAAUCCGAGUGUGGAGAUAUGGACGUCCACCACCAGGCUAACCUGGCCGCUCACCCGGCUUCCCAAAACGACCUGACGGACGCCAUCACGGAGCUAGAGGAUGCUUUCUCCAGGCAGGUCAAGUCUCUAGCAGAGUCUAUAGAUGAUGCCCUGAACUGCCGCAGCCUGCAGGAGGAUGAGGGGGAUCCUGAGGCUAUGGGCCCAGAGGUGGGCCUGGAGGUAACCUACCAGGUCAAGCCCCACCGUGGAGCAACCGGACGCAUGCGGGAUGAGAUGAUGGCGUCUUACAGUGAUGUCACUCUGUUUAUUGACGAGGAAGACCUGUCUCCCUCCAUGGCGCUCUCGCGGUCAGGUGACCAGCCCUCAAGCACAGAGUCGGACCUGCGGCUGCGCUCGGCCAACUCCUCCCAGGAGUACUGGCCCAUGGACCCCAAGGACGAGGGCCGCGACACGGACACGAGCUGCCGCAGCACGCCCUCUCUGGAGUGCCAGGAGCAGAGGCGGAGGGUGGACCACCUGCCCCUUCUCACCAUCGAGCCCCCCAGCGACAGCUCGGCCGAGCAUAGCGACCGCUCCGACCGCAGCUCCGUCAAGCGCCCGCCGACCUACGAACCUCACGGCCACAUCGUCACCUCCUCCCAGGCCAGCCCCAAACACAUCUCCCACGGCCCGCCCCCUCGGGCGCCCUCCCGCGACGAGGAGGCCCCGCUCCGCCACCGCCACCGGCAGCUGGAGAGCCACCUGGCCAUCAACGGCUCGGCCAAUCGGCAGAGCAAGUCUGAGUCGGACUUCUCCGACGGGGACAACGACAGCAUCAACAGCACUUCCAACUCCAACGACACCAUCAACUGCAGCUCCGAGUCGUCGUCCAGGGACAGCCUGAGGGAGCAGACCCUGAGCAAGCAGACGUACCACAAAGAGACCCGCAACAGCUGGGACUCGCCCGUCUUCAGCAACGAUGUCAUCCGCAAGAGGCACUACAGGAUCGGCCUCAACCUCUUCAACAAGAAGCCAGAGAAAGGUAUCCAGUACCUGACAGAGAGAGGCUUUGUCCCAGAUACACCUGUGGGCGUGGCUCACUUCCUGCUCCAGAGGAAGGGCCUGAGCAGACAGAUGAUUGGAGAGUUUCUGGGCAACCGGCAGAAACAGUUCAACAGAGAUGUAUUAGACUGUGUAGUAGAUGAGAUGGACUUCUCGUCCAUGGAGCUGGACGAGGCCCUGAGGAAGUUCCAGAACCACAUCCGUGUCCAGGGAGAGGCUCAGAAGGUGGAGCGACUCAUUGAGGCCUACAGUCAGCGCUAUUGCAUCUGUAACCCCACGGUGGUGCGACAAUUCAGAAACCCAGACACCAUCUUCAUCCUGGCCUUUGCCAUCAUUCUCCUCAACACUGACAUGUACAGCCCCAACGUCAAACCGGAGAGGAAGAUGAAGCUGGAGGACUUUGUCAAAAACCUCAGAGGGGUGGAUGAUGGGGAGGACAUUCCCAGGGAGACUCUGGUAGGCAUUUAUGAGAGAAUCCGGAAGCGAGAGCUGAAGACAAACGAGGACCACGUGUCUCAGGUGCAGAAGGUGGAGAAGCUCAUUGUGGGAAAGAAACCGAUCGGAUCUCUACACCACGGCCUAGGAUGUGUGCUGUCCCUGCCUCACCGCAGGCUGGUGUGCUACUGCCGGCUAUUUGAAGUGCCAGACCCCAACAAGCUGCAGAAGCUGGGUCUUCACCAGCGGGAGAUCUUCCUGUUCAACGACCUGCUGGUGGUGACAAAGAUUUUCCAGAAGAAGAAAAACUCGGUGACAUACAGCUUCCGGCAGUCGUUCUCUUUGUAUGGGAUGCAGGUUCUACUGUUUGACAACCAGUAUUACCCAAAUGGGAUCAGGCUUACAUCAGCCAUACCAGGUGCGGACAUCAAAGUCCUCAUCAACUUUAACGCGCCCAACCCCCAGGACCGCAAGAAGUUCACAGACGACCUGCGGGAAUCCAUCGCUGAGGUCCAGGAAAUGGAGAAAUACAGGAUAGAGUCGGAGCUGGAGAAGCAGAAGGGGGUGGUGAGGCCCAGCAUAUCCCAGAGCUCUGGCCUGAAGAAGGAGGCGGGUAACGGCAGUAUGAACCGUGCCAGCCUGGACGACACCUACACCAUGGGGGAGGGGCUGAAGAGGAGCGCCCUCAGCAGCUCCCUGCGCGACCUCUCCGAAGCAGGCAAGCGUGGGCGCCGCAGCAGUGCAGGAUCACUAGACAGCAAUAUGGAAGGGUCCAUCAUUAGCAGCCCUCACACACGUCGGAGAGCCACCACCCCGCGCGAGGGCGCACCCCGCAGCCAUCCCCCCAUCCCCAACUCCUCCUCCAUCCUUGGGUCCCUAUUCAGCAGCAAGCGAGGGAAGCCCUUUUUGCAGAGCCACCCUCCUAUUCCUACGCCCGGUCACCCCACCCUCAUCUCCCACAAGCCCCACCCAGCCAACCUCCACCACACGGCACAGAGCGUCCACCCAACUCAAACCCAGCUGCACGGCCACCACUCCCAGUACUGCCAGGUCCAGCAGAACCCGCCCCCCUACCAUCACCAUCACCACUACCAUCCCCCACCGCACACACAGUACCACCAGCACCCAGCCUACACCUCACACACACACGCACACACACAGCACAGCCACCACAGUCAGCAUUCCCAUCAUGCCUCACACUCCCAGCAUGCUCCUCACCCCCAUAGUCAGCAGCAGGGCCCGGCACCUGGCGGGCCCAAACCCAAACACAGUGGCAUCAGUACCGUGGUGUGACCUCCUUCCUAGAAAGAGAGAAAGAAAGAGAAGAAAACGAGAGAGAGGGAGAGACUUGAGGGAGGGACAGUUGCUUACACCAAAGGGACGGUAUGAGUUUACGGCCUGUCCACUGUGUUCUACUGCUGCUGUGCUGGGGGCGGAUUACAGGCCACACCUGGAUCCCUCCUUCACUACCCACCUAAAGACAUGGAAACAAGACUGCAAUCUUCCACGCUGAGUCUUGGCUCAGCCACUCAAACUACAGGCAUUGCUCUGUCAGGGUCUCAGGGGAGCGUUUUCCAACAGGAAGUUACUCUCUCCUACUCUCCACAAACCCACACACACAACUUGGCCGUGAUGGCUGAAAAGAAGUUGUCUUUUCUCUGCCAGUCCCUCUCCACUCCUCCAUUCCUACAAUAGUCUGUCUUCCCUUCGCCUGGGGAAGGCCCGAGAGAAGAUGGCUGACUGUUUUUUCUGAUGAUGGCAUAUUACAUUGUAUACAUUUGCUCUGAUCUGAUCGAGCUAACUUUCAACGCUCUGCUUUCUUAGGUUUGCAAAUCCUAUCUUCAUUUUUUAAGAAUGCUAUUUGUUGUUACCUCCUGUGGAAUUCAUGUAGUGAAAUCGCUAGAUGUAAUCAUUUCACACUAACUAAAUCAACAGACAGGUUAACAACUGAGUAGAAAGUCUCAAUGUAAGUAGUUUUAGUGCUGUAUUUACCGUAGAUGACAGCUGUGUUGUCUCCUAGCUCUCAUGAAUAAAUGUGCCAAUUACUUAUGCAUACCCUAUUUAGUCGCCACUUCAUGUACAGUAUAUUGUGCGUAAAGUACUUUGUAAGAUCAUACUUACAACCAUUAUUAUUAUCAUUGAAAAUGAAUUUUAUCAGUAUUAUACUGACUCUAUAGUAACAGGAUCAAUCUGAAGGGAGUGAACUCACAUUUAGUGCGGCCAAUAAUAAUAUUCUCUGGAAUUUGUUGCCCGUAAAAUGGAGAAUGGCGAUCUUCUAGAGUGCAGCUGUGGCAUAUGGGUAUGGGUGGGAUGACAUUUCCUGUCAUGACUGUCCUUACUUGUCCUUCAUAGGUUGAGUGUGUGGGUCCCUCCCUGAAUGCUAAUGCUGGUAUGAUGCUUAGUACUGUUCAAAAUUAGGAAGGGAUCAACUGAAGCCCGUUGGUUUUGAGCCUGUCCCUGUUGAGUUCUAUUCUGUCCAAGCUUACAGCUCCUUUCAGACACUUUUCAAGUAUACUGUAUUUUGAGGCGUAGGUCAUGGACAUGCAGUACACCUGGCUUUUGCCUUACAUAUAUGCAGCAGCUGCAUUCUUGACUCUUCAAAAUCAAACUAUUAUAUUUUUGAACUUUGCUUGAGUGUCAUCGCUUAUUUUUUCUUCCUCAAAACCCUUUCAAGUUAGUGACUGUAAAGCUCUUAAGUAACUAGAGAGGUAUUCUUGUUAUCUUUGUUUUUAUCCUGUGCAAUAUCUCUGGACUGAUGUUGUACAUUCAGAACAAGCAAAGGUUUCCUCCUGUUUUGUUUGUUUUCACGAUGUGUCAUUUAUUUAUUUAGUUUAGACCCCUGUCGUUUUUUCUCAGUGGCUUAAUGUGUGACUGUAUUCAUGAGAAGAACAGUCCUGGAGUUCAGUGGAAUGUCUACUAAGUGAUUUUGCAUGUAAUGUUGUUGAUGUGAGGCUAUCCUCUGCACAUGUAUAACAAAUCAGUGUUACCAUGGCGAGUUAAAGUGCAAUCAUGAUCAGAAGUGCAGACUAGUAUUGCUAGUGUGGGUCAUCAUAUUGUCCGGAAAGAGAUUCAGGUGAAAAAUAUCUUCUUUUUUCCAUUUCAGAAUAUAUAAAUACCUACUUACACCAUUCACAAUGGAAAGAGGAAUGUGUGUGUAUAUAUUUUAAUAAAGGAAUAUGCUUCCCUCUGG